AAACAACGAGAACAACAUAUAACCUAAAAUAUAAGAUAACAGAAAUUUCAGCGUAACUGAAUAAGUAGUUAUGAAGUGUUAUCAGUUCAGAAGAGUCACAGUGUAAGAAGUUAACAACUGUUCUAUUUUUGUUUGUUUUAUCUAUCAUAUUCAGAACAAUUUUAUAAUGAGUUUCUUAGGUAAAGUGAUUAUUAUUACAGGCGCAAGCUCAGGUAUAGGUUCAGCUACAGCAAUUCACUUAGCAAAGCUGGGUGCCAAGCUUUCUCUUUGUGGCAGAAAUAAAGACAAUCUAGAAAAGGUAGCUAAUGAAUGCGAAAAAGUUGGCAAAUGUAAACCACUUACAAUCAUUGCCGAACUUAACAAUGAAAGUGACACUAGAAAUAUUGUAGAUACAACUAUUCGUCAGUUUUGUAAGCUGGAUGUGCUUAUCAACAAUGCUGGUGUUUUAGAGACCGGGUCUAUAGAAAAUACGUCAUUGGAUCAAUUUGAUCGCAUUUUCAACACAAAUGUGCGAUCUGUAUAUCACUUGACAAUGUUGGCUGUACCACAUCUGAUAAAAACAUGCGGCAACAUUGUAAAUGUAUCCAGUGUGAAUGGACUUCGAUCAUUCCCGGGUGUCCUGGCAUACAAUAUGUCCAAGUCUUCAAUUGAUCAAUUCACCCGAUGUGUUGCCUUGGAACUGAGUUCUAAAAAAGUGCGAGUGAAUAGUGUCAACCCAGGCGUCAUAAAAACUGAAUUACAAAGAAGAGGUGGUCUUGACGAAGAGGCGUACCAGAAAUUUCUUGAACGCAGUAAAGAAACUCAUGCACUUGGUCGUCCUGGCGAUGCUGAUGAAGUUGCCAAAGCUAUAGCUUUUUUAGCUAGUGAUGAAGCUAGUUUUAUUACUGGAGCUAAUUUGCCUGUAGAUGGAGGAAGACAUGCUAUGUGUCCACGGUAAAUUAGUUUGUUCAAAUAUUUUUUAAUAAUUUGGGUACGGUAACUAUGAAUUUAUGCAUUUGGUUAAUACUGUUUCAUUUUUAAUAAACUUUUUUAAUUAAAUAUUGGUUUGUCUGAUUA